AAUAAUAUCUCAGGAUUGGGACACCGUUUUCCGGACACCACCAGCCAGUUCCACCAUGGACCACAAGGAAGUAAUCCUGCUACUUCUUUUAUUUCUGAAAUCAGGUCAAGGAAAUUCCCUGGAUGACUAUGAAAAUACCCACGGGGCCUCACUGGUCAGUCUCACCAAGAAGCAGCUAACAACAGCAAGCAUAGAUGAAUGUGCAGCAAAAUGUGAGGCAGAAACGGAGUUUGUUUGCAGGUCAUUCCAGUAUCACAGUAAGGAGCAGCAAUGUGAGAUCAUGGCUGAAAACAGCAAGUCCUCGCUGAUUGUGAGGAUGAGAGACGUCGUUCUAUUUGAAAAGAAGGUGUACCUUUUGGAGUGCAGGACGGGGAAUGGGAAGAACUACAGAGGGACCAUGUCCAAGACCAAAAGCGGUGUUACCUGUCAAAAGUGGGAUGCCACUUUCCCACACAGGCCAAACUAUUCCCCUGAUAAAUACCCUGAGAGUGGGCUGGAGGAAAACUACUGUAGGAACCCAGACAACGAUCAACAGGGGCCCUGGUGUUACACUACGAACCCUGACCAGAGAUUUGACUACUGUGACAUCCCUGAAUGUGAAGAUGAAUGUAUGCAUUGCCUUGGAGAAAAUUACAUGGGCAAAAUUUCCAAGACUGUGUCUGGACUUGAAUGUCAGUCCUGGGACUCUCAAGUUCCUCAUGCUCAUGGAUUCAUUCCUUCCAAACAUCCAAACAAGAACUUGAAGAUGAAUUAUUGCCGUAACCCUGAUGGGGAGCUCCGCCCAUGGUGUUUUACCACUGACCCCAACAAACGGUGGGAAUUCUGUGACAUUCCCCACUGCACAACACCUCCACCAUCUUCUGGUCCAUUCUACCAGUGUCUGAAGGGACAAGGUGAAAACUACCGUGGGAAGGUGGCAGUUACUGUGUCUGGCCGCACCUGUCAGCGCUGGAGUGAACAGAUCCCUCACAAACACAACAGGACUCCAGAAAACUAUCCCUGCAAAGAUCUGCAUGAAAACUACUGUCGUAACCCUGAUAGAGAAACAGCUCCAUGGUGCUAUACAACUGACAGUGAAGUGAGGUGGGAAUACUGUGCGAUCCCAUCCUGUGAGUCCUCUCCAUCAUCUGCAGAGCAUUCUGAUGGUCCAGCACUACCUGAGCAAACCCCAGUGAUACAGGAAUGCUAUCAUGGUAAUGGACAGAAUUAUAGAGGCACAUCAUCCAUCACUGUCACAGGAAAGAAGUGUCAAUCUUGGUCAUCUAUGAGACCACAUGUGCAUAAGAAGACCCCAGAAAACUACCCAGAUGCUGGCUUGACGAUGAACUACUGUAGGAAUCCAGAUGCUGAUAAAAGCCCUUGGUGUUACACCACUGACCCGAGUGUCAGGUGGGAGUAUUGUAACUUGAAGAAAUGCUCAGAAACAGAAGGCAGUGUUGUGGAAUCUCAAGCCACUACCCAAGUUCCCAGUGUACAGGCUACUUCUGAACCAGACUGUAUGAUUGGAGAUGGUAAAGAAUAUCGGGGCAAAAGGGCCACCACUGUGACUGGCACUCCAUGCCAGGGAUGGGCUGCCCAGGAGCCCCACAAACACAGGAUUUUCACUCCAGAGACAAAUCCACGAGCGGGUUUGGAAGAAAAUUACUGCCGAAACCCUGACGGUGAUGUCAAUGGUCCCUGGUGCUACACAAUGAAUCCAAAAAAACUUUAUGACUACUGUGAUAUCCCUCAGUGUGUCACAGCUCCGACUUCGUAUGACUGUGGGAAGCCUCAAGUAGAGCCAAAGAAAUGUCCUGGAAGGGUUGUAGGUGGGUGUGUGGCCAACCCUUACUCCUGGCCCUGGCAGAUCAGCCUCAGAACAAGGCUUGGAAUGAAGCACUUCUGUGGAGGCACUUUGAUAGCCCCGGAGUGGGUGCUGACUGCAGCCCACUGCCUGGAGAAGUCUUUGAACCCAUUGUAUUAUAAGGUCAUUCUGGGUGCACACCAAGAACUCAAUCUUGAAUCACACGUGCAGACAAAAGAUGUGGCCAAGCUGUUCCGGGAGCCCCACCGAGCAGACAUUGCCUUGCUGAAGCUAAGCAGUCCUGCUGCCAUCACUGACAAAGUAAUCCCAGCUUGUCUGCCAUCCCCAAACUAUGUGGUUGCUGACCGGACAUUAUGUUAUAUCACUGGUUGGGGAGAAACCAAAGGGACCUAUGGUGCUGGCCUUCUCAAAGAGGCCCAGCUCCCUGUGAUUGAGAAUAAGGUCUGCAACCGCUUUGAGUACCUCAACGGCAAAGUCAAAUCCAGUGAGCUCUGUGCUGGACAUUUAGCUGGUGGCACGGACAGUUGCCAGGGUGACAGUGGAGGACCUCUGGUUUGCUUCGAGAAGGACAAAUACAUUUUACAAGGAGUCACUUCCUGGGGCCUUGGCUGUGCACGCCCCAAUAGGCCUGGUGUCUACGUUCGUGUUUCAACGUUUGUUAACUGGAUUGAAGAAACAAUGAGAGUUAAUUAAUUGGAUGGGUGACAGAGUGAAGCAUCAGCUUACCCAGAAGCUGGAACAUGGGUAGGAAAUUUAGAAAGCUCAGAAAUAAUUUGACAGUAAUUAGACUAAGACGUAGUACUUAGCUACCAUCUACUGCCAAUCCUUGGCGUUUUUGUAUUUUUGUGAAUAAAUCUUCCCUGUGGACUUCUGGGUUCUAAUAACAAGGCAACACAGCUAUGACAUAUAUUCUAAAUAAACUCUGUACUUUCUUUGAUUUAA